AUGGCCUUAAAUCCCCCUAUCACUUAAAAUGGAGUUCCAUUAAGAGUGGAUCAAGAGUUCUUUAUAUUGUAUAGGAAAGAAAUGGAAGGAUAAUUUAAGAUUCAAACUAUGGGCAAGUUUAAAGCUUCAGGAAAAGUUUUCAUCACAACAUGUAGAAUGGUUUUUGUGAAUGACAACUUCUAAAGAGACUCUUUUAAGUCUUUUGAUAUCCCUUUGGCUUAUUUGAGUGCUGAGAAGUUCCGGCAACCAAUACUUGGAAGUAAUUUUUUAGAAGGGGAUGUGGCUCCCUUAUACAAUCUACUACCAGGAAGAACUCAUUUUAAAUUACGGUUCAAAGCAGGAGGAUGUGAGAAGUUUCUAAGGAUACUUUUUUCUGUGUUAAUAUAAAUCAGAACGUCGCGAAGUUCUGGAUAACGAGUCCCUGAUCCUCGUAUGAUGGAAAACUUUGCAAGAACCUAGAGUUAAGCCUUAGUUGAUCCUAAUGAUCCAAGCGUCAUCUACAUACAAUAACCAUAGUUGCUUUAAUAAUCUUAUGGAAACACAACUUGGAGCAUUCCGUAAAAUCAAACUUAGUUUUCUCCAAUAGGUUAGCCCAAUAAUAGGAUGCCACAAUAACAAUACUAGUAACCACAGAUGAAAUAGCAGUAUCAGAAGCCUCCUUAACGCUAUCAAUAAUAUUAGUAGAAUCCUUAAGGAUAUCAAUAUUUUUAACAGGUACCGCAGCAGAAUUUCUAGAAUAACCCUUAAAUUGGUAAAGCUGUUAGUUAUCAUCCUGGAUAUUAAUAAUAGACUCAACCAAAUUACACUCAACUUGGAAUGCAAUAACCAUAAUAGUAUAAUAAUCAACCGCCCAAUCCAUAUUAUCAAUAAAGUCCCCCAUAGAAUCAAGCAACCAGCCCUUAUGUCUAACCAAAUCAAUAACAACAACAAUAGUAACCCUAAUAAACAUAAGAGAUUAAAUAACCAUAAUAAGUAAAUGAGGAUCAAGUCCCUUCCAUAUAAUAAAAUCAGAAUUAAUCAAAUCAGUAUUUAGAGUAAAAUAAUAACCAAUAAGAACCUAUUUAAAAUGAAGAAAUAUUACCUUAAGAUUAACCAUAAGUUGAUGAGGUUAGGAACCAACCGAAUACAGCCUUUUACUUUGGAUUUUGGGGUCCUUAGUUGCAAUCAAGUUAAAAUGCAAUAUUGUGA